AUGAGUUUAAGAUUUGUAUACUCAAAGUUGAAUGUCAACCUUUCCGAUGUGGAAGAAUUUGAAUUGUUGGGCUUGGUAUCUGAACCGGCACUGCGAAAGGUUCUUUUUGUGGUAUUCUGCUUUAUAUAUAUUAUGACUGUCAUUGGGAAUCUAAUGAUCAUAAUUAUAAUCAGAUAUGACUCUCACCUGCACAAACCAAUGUACUUUUUUCUGAUGAACCUGUCCUUUUUAGAAAUCUUCUAUACUACAACUAUUACUCCAAACAGUCUGAAGAACUUUCUACAGGAGAACAGAACUAUUUCCUUUGUUGGCUGCUUCACUCAGAUGUUUUUCUUCAUUGGCCUAGGGAGCUCUGAGUGUGUCCUCCUUUCCUGUAUGGCUUAUGAUAGAUAUGCUGCCAUAUGUCAACCCUUAUUCUACAAUACAAUUAUGAAUCCUUAUUUUUGUAUAAAGCUAAUGGUGCUUUCUUGGAGUAUUGGGUUCUCAAACUCACUUGUGCACACUGUAUAUACUGCUUCACUGCCCUUCUGCAGAGAACGCUUGGUCAAUCACUUCUUCUGUGAUAUUCCGUCUGUUGCAGAACUCUCUUGCAGUGAAACACGUCUGAAUGAACUAGUGUCUAUUUUAAUUGGAGGUGGCAUCAUAUUAGCCAGCUUCACUUUAACCCUUAUUUCAUAUGUGUGUAUUUUUAGAGCCGUGUUAAACAUUCACAGUGCAUCUGGGAAGCAGAAAGCAUUUUCUACAUGUGGGUCUCACCUCUUGGUGUUUGCUCUUUAUUUUGGGACUGUUAUUUUGACUUAUGUCCUUCCAGGAUCUUCUUCUUAUAAUGAACAAAAACGAGUCCUCUCUGUUAUGUAUGGAAUUGUCACUCCUUUCAUGAAUCCACUCAUUUAUAGCUUUAGAAACAAUGAUUUUCAGAACGCAAUUAAUAAGAAGUUAAUGCAAAGACAAAUUAAUCUGGGAUAUAAAUGA